AUGACUAGUACCACGCCUGACAUAACGUCUGAUUCCUAUAGCGCAUCCUUUAACUCUGUUGCAUCUCCUCAGAGGAGUCUGCUGCGUUGGCGACCGACGGAUGCGCAAACGCUUGAGCACUAUGAGUCACUAAUGUUGCGUGGGAUCAAGUACUAUCAGGGCUUCGUUGCUGGUCUCAACACGAUAUCAAAUGUAGAUUUCACCUCUGGAGCCCCUGAUAGUGAUCGAGAGAUUCUUGUCCUUCUUCACGGCUUUGCCGGUGGUCUUGCGUGCUGGGCGCAGAGCUGGGAAUUUUUCUCCGCCCACUUUGAUGUGUACGCUGUGGACCUCCCUGGCUUUGGCCGUAGUGCCCGCCCGGACGUGCGUGUGGACUCUCUAGAGGGGGCGAUGGCCUUCACGUGCGGGUGUCUGGACCGCUGGUGCCGUUCGCUGCCGCUGCGCCGCCCGGCGAUUUUCGUCGGCCACUCGUUUGGCGGCUUCAUCGCGGCGCACUUCGCGAUGCGGCGGGGGCCGGCGGCGGUGCGGCUUCUCGCCCUCGCGGACCCGUGGGGCGUCCCCGCCGCCUCGGGAAGUGCGCCGGUCCUCCGCCGCCUCGCCUGCCGGCUCUUCUACGCGGCCAAAAGUCCACUCGCGGCGCUGCGGGCGGUGGGGCCGAUGGGGCCGUUCUUCUUUCGCACCGUCCGGCCGGACUUUGCAAACCGCUGGAGGGGAUUCCUGCAGGACCCAAAGGUAUUCUACGACUACACAUAUCACUGCAACGCACAGGUACCACCACUGGGGGAAAUGCUCUUUAAGGCGUGCUGUGAUGAGCAUGUCACCGCAAAGAUUCCACUUUUCGACGUUCUGCCUGUGCUACUCUCAAAGGAAGUUCCAGUCGUCAUGCUCUAUGGAAGUGAGACAUGGAUGAACGCAGAACGAGGUUUCACUAUGGCAGAUAUCAUGUUGCAAAAAGGGUAUCGUAUAAAGGCAGAUACCGUGAUGAAUGCAGGCCAUCAAGUAUUUACGGAUAAUGUAGAGGAAUUUAAUACAAAAUUGCUAGAAGCCAUACAAGAGUUGUUACUCGAAUCCAAUGAGUUUGCUAACAUACCUCCUCCAGUUAAAAAUAAAUGCGGUCUUGACAAGGACGACAAUAAUCAUAAUGAUCAUGAUGAUGAUGAUAAGUGA